AUGCCGCCUCGAGAGGCAGCUUGCGAGCCUUGCAGGAAGUCGAAAUUGGCCUGUGAUCAUGUUCGGCCGGUAUGCACGCGAUGUCAAGGCGCCAACAGAGCCGAAGCUUGCGAGUAUAGAAUAUCUCCAUUCAAAAGGCGGCGAACAGAUUUAGGUCCUUCACCUAGGAUAGUCAAUUCACGUAAUGGUAGUCAAACUCGAGAAUCUGAACCACCAGCGACGGCAGCAGCGACGCCAACCAUACGGCCAUAUCCGAAUCCAGGUUUCCAAGGAUCAUUGAGUUCUGCUGCAAUCUUCAGUCACAUCUCGCCUCGACAUCAUGAACCUGGAAGUGCUCAGCCGGAACCUGAUACCGUGCCGGCCGGAGUGUCUGCGCCAGCAUUGCUUGACAACGAUGACAUCGCAUGCAGACAAGGCACUACAUUAAUCAAGUUGCUGCUAGAUGAGUAUCCUCUGCGCACCCUAAAGGAUCUGGUGUCUUUCUGGUUGGCUAAGGGUAUCAGCCUCGCCCAUGCCGAAUCCUUAUUGGAUUCAUGUGUGGAGAGUAUGGAUGAAGCAUUGAACUUUGGACAGCCGACGGAUACUUGCAUGGAACACUUGACUCGAAAUUCACAAAUCCCGCUACUCUUCAACCGGGAGUCGACUUUCAACUCAUACGUAGCUCAAUUCUCUGGACACAAUUCGAGAUUGGAAACGUUGGGCAUAUUUCUAUCGGCGGUCGCUAGAGCUACGAAUGACGUCCCAUUCUUCCCACCGCUGUAUAAAACAGACGAGGACAAGUUCCGACUUCGAAAGCUGGCUACACGGUUAAGCGAUCACGCUUUGGAGGUUUGUCUUUCGCUCGACUGUCUGAACGAUCUUCAGCUCGCCUUCCAAUACGAAAACUUCAUCGUGCAUACGUUCGUGGACGGCGACCAGAGUUACAGCUCUUGGCGAAGACUCGGAGAUGUUAUCGCCUCGAUGCUUGCUCUGGGUUAUCAUGAGCGAGUCGAGACGCGAUCAAGAAUCCCUGAAUUUCUCGUAGAGCUAAGGCAGAGUGCGUUCGCACGCAUAUACACUGAUGAUAAAGAAGUAUCUAUCUUCCUUGGUCGGCCACCUCGAUUGAGCAGAAGAUUCUGUCACUUCCGGAUACCAAUCGCACUCGACUCUUUUGAAUUGCCCGCUCCUGGCACUGAAAGCAACGGACAAGCAGACGCGAUCAAAAUAGAUUACAGAGCAGGCUGUAGUUGGGCUGCCCUCUGCGCACAGCUCAAAGAAGAAAUUUUGGAACUUUUCAUCGAGAAGAAUCGCGAAAAUUGCGUCCAACGAGCAAGCAUAAUCUGUGCAAGAGCUGAAGCUCAAUGGCAACAGCUACCCACACACAUGCGUUAUGAUGUUGGCUGCCUGAAUGACUACAGAAGGAGCCCUUUCGAACGCGACUUCUUGAUCAGUGCUCGGCUGGAUCAUAUACACAUCAGUUUCCUGCUACGAUUUGUUCUACUCAACAGUAUGGCUCAGCCAGACGACGAGAUGAUCCAGAUAGCACACGAGAUGCUCACUCUAGUUGUUCAAGCCGUCCUUGCUCGCGAUCGUCUCGCCAAUUCUGGAACUGGUCUUGUCUGGAAAGUCAUCUUCUACGGCUUGCCGGCUUCUGGCAUUAUAUUGCUAGCAAUUCUUGAGCAACGCAAUCCCCAUCACUUUGGUGGCCUGUCUCGCGCCAAGGUCUUACAGAACCUGAGGAUUCUUGUGGCUGAAAUUCAAAUCGGCGCCUUAUCUCAUCCAAGAGAGCCGAAUUUUGCACUGCUCACAAGAGCUGCCCAGACUAUUGAAAACUUCCUGGAUUCUGAGGAGAGGCAUGACCAUCAUCCGAAUGGUCAACUCAACACUCAUCCGGAUGCCCCUCCUGGACAGAUGGGCCCAUGGGCUUCCAACUUGAAUUUGGAAGCUUGGGACUUUGAUCUAGGAUUUUGGGAGAAUUUGGCCGAGCAUCCUUUCUUGUCCAACCUCGAGUUCCCAACUUAG